AAGGGGGCGCCGCGAUGGGCCAAGGGGACGAGAGCGAGCGCAUCGUGAUCAACGUGGGCGGCACGCGCCACCAGACGUACCGCUCGACGCUGCGCACGCUGCCCGGCACGCGGCUCGCCUGGCUGGCAGAGCCCGAUGCCCACAGCCAUUUCGACUAUGACCCGCGUGCCGACGAGUUCUUUUUCGACCGCCACCCGGGCGUCUUCGCGCACAUUUUGAACUACUACCGCACGGGCAAGCUGCACUGCCCGGCAGACGUGUGCGGGCCGCUCUACGAAGAGGAGCUGGCCUUCUGGGGCAUCGACGAGACGGACGUGGAGCCCUGCUGCUGGAUGACUUACCGCCAGCACCGGGACGCUGAGGAGGCGCUGGACAGCUUUGGCGGUGCGCCCCUGGACAACAGCGCUGACGACGCGGACGCCGACGGUCCUGGAGACUCAGGCGACGGCGAGGACGAGCUGGAGAUGACCAAGCGCCUGGCACUCAGUGACUCUCCUGACGGCCGGCCUGGUGGCUUCUGGCGCCGCUGGCAGCCUCGCAUCUGGGCGCUCUUUGAGGACCCCUACUCGUCCCGCUACGCGAGGUAUGUGGCCUUUGCCUCCCUCUUCUUCAUCCUGGUCUCCAUCACCACCUUCUGCCUGGAGACCCACGAGCGCUUCAACCCCAUCGUGAACAAGACGGAGAUCGAGAACGUCCGGAAUGGCACGCAGGUGCGCUACUACCGGGAAGCGGAGACGGAGGCCUUCCUCACCUACAUCGAGGGCGUCUGCGUGGUCUGGUUCACCUUCGAGUUCCUCAUGCGUGUCGUCUUCUGCCCCAACAAGGUCGAGUUCAUCAAGAACUCGCUCAACAUCAUUGACUUUGUGGCCAUCCUCCCCUUCUACCUGGAGGUGGGCCUGAGCGGCCUGUCCUCUAAGGCGGCCAAGGACGUCCUGGGCUUCCUGCGUGUCGUCCGCUUCGUGCGCAUCCUGCGCAUCUUCAAGCUGACUCGCCACUUCGUGGGCCUGCGCGUCCUGGGCCACACCCUCCGCGCCAGCACCAACGAGUUCUUACUGCUGAUCAUCUUCCUGGCCCUGGGCGUCCUGAUCUUCGCCACCAUGAUCUACUACGCCGAGAGGAUAGGGGCACAGCCCAAUGACCCCAGUGCCAGUGAGCACACCCACUUUAAGAACAUCCCCAUUGGCUUCUGGUGGGCCGUGGUCACCAUGACAACACUGGGCUACGGAGACAUGUACCCGCAGACGUGGUCCGGGAUGCUGGUGGGAGCGCUGUGUGCGCUGGCUGGGGUGCUGACCAUCGCCAUGCCCGUGCCCGUCAUCGUGAACAAUUUUGGGAUGUAUUACUCCUUAGCCAUGGCUAAGCAGAAACUACCAAAGAAAAAAAAGAAGCAUAUUCCACGGCCGCCGCAGCUGGGAUCUCCCAAUUAUUGUAAAUCUGUCGUAAACUCUCCACACCACAGUACUCAGAGUGACACAUGCCCGCUGGCCCAGGAAGAGAUUUUAGAAAUUAACAGAGCAGACUGUCCCCAGCUAGCCUGGGACUUUUCCCCCGAGCCCCCGGCUGGGCAGACCCCUUGGAGCUAAACCCAAGGAAAUGCCCAGCAACCCCCCACCCUGCCCCAGCCCCGUGUGCGCCCCUGGUGGCCGCCGCUGGUCUGAACAGUAAGUACAUCGACCGUGCCUGGAGACCAGGGCGGAAAAGCCACCCCUGCUGGCUGAGGGCCCUGACGCCGGGUUCGCCUUGCUCCAAAGUUUUAAAAAAAAUGACCCUCUUGCGGACGCUCAUCUCUCUCAGCCCAUUUCAAAGCCUGGAAACCAUCUCUGUGAGCCGCUGCCCAUGCUGCCAUUUCAUCAUCGCCAGUCCUCGGGCCUAGUGGGGCGGAGGGGCCCUGGGCCGGGGAGGCAGGGCUCCCUCGGUCUGGGGGCAGGUGGGAACCGAGGCUGCUGGGGGCCGUCUCAUCCACAGGAUGGGGUAAGGCAGAAGCACGGGGGGGCUUGGGUGAGCCGGCCCUCUGGCCUUUUCCAUGCAUUCCCCAGGUUCAGAGAGUCGGCUCCUCCUUUGUCUCUCUCUCUUCCAGCCACCUCUCUGGAGCUGGGGAGGGAGAAUGCUCCCAGUUUCUGACAGCACCCCAAACCACAGAUAAACCAACGACCCAGGGAGGCUGGCUUCUUCACAGAGCAAGACCUAAACACUUUUACCCAAUUAUAGCCCUCUCCUCGAAGUCAUGGUUGAUGGAAGAAGCAGGCCCAGGCGUGUGGGGGUGGGGGUCUCUUUAGGAAGCAAAGGUACAAAGCUCACAUCUACCCAGGGAUCCCUGAUGGAUGCCCUCUGCUCCCCUCCCCUGCAGGGAACACCAGCCCCAACGCUGGACCCUUUAAAGGCCGUGGGAGCUGGAUGCCCCAGGGGCAUGGCACAGGGGUGGGGCAGAGUCAUUCAUUGGUGGGGACUCAGCACUCAGAGCUCCAGGAGAGGUCUCAAGCUCCACCACACACCUCUGACCCAGCCCUGGGCAAGAACUGUAGGCUCUAGCUACCUCUACUGACAGAUGACGGCCACCAGAGAGACAGCAGGUCCUGGCUCCCCUCCCAGAUGGAGACGCUGCCUGCUGGGGCUUACUGUUUUCCCCUUGAGGAAAAUUUGUACAGGGUGCUAUGGGCCCGACUUCCACACGUGCAUCCACAUUCUCCUUUCAUACCUCCCUCCCCUCUCCCCAACCAGCCUCCUCCCUCAGCCCAGAGCGGGAGGCAGGACUGGGCGUGUCUGUGCGCCCAGGUGUGUGUGCCCGCAGACCCACCCCCAGUGCUAGGCAGCCCCCCGCCCCCAGGGAGGCCCCAGCUCCAGUUGUGUGGUGUCAGAGUUACCUUGGUAACUGGCCUUUCUGGCUCAGAGUACAUCCAGGAGUGAAGCCCCUGGGUUCUGUCGAGAAACGCACUGUACGUGAAAUGCUUUGCCAUCUUGUAUGACAGACUUUUUUUUAAGUUCCAAAAUUAUGAUGGGAUUUUUUUUGGAUUUGCUUUACGAAUAAACCUGAUUGGUCCAUUUCUCUUUCGACUGACUGCCUCUUUGUAGUGACACGAUGUGCACGUGGCUGUGGCCCUGCGCGCGGGCACACCGAGCAUGUGCCCGCGGAGAAGGGUCACCCCUGCGUGUAGUUCCAUGAUGGGAACAGGGUCACGGAAGAGGGUCAAGUCGGGAGGAGACUGUCUCCAGCUUUUUGUCCCCUUUAGUCUUUCAGAGACCCCCCUCCCGUGGUCCCACUCGUGUUGGUGCCACCUUCCCUGGAGGCUUGCACCCUAGGUGAAGUCUGAGAAAGCCGAGGUGCCCACCUCGAGGCCCGAGUUGGCUCCACCCCGUCCAGGGACAGUCUGCUUUGAGAGCCCCGGAGCGUGGGGCGGGCUCAGUCCCCAGCGGGGACGGGCAGGGGCCAAGGCCAGCAGAGCCCCUCUGCCAGCUCCAGGGGCUCCCACUGCGCUGCUCCUGGGCCUGGGAGAGGGCGAGCUCCCCGCUGUGGCUGCACCCCUCCCGCUCCCCAGGUGCCCCCAGACCUCCUCCCAGGUUCCUUCUCAGGCUGCCACAGAGGCCAAGACUCGCCUUCCCCACCUGCGCCCAUCGCUGCUGCUGUCCUCACACAUCCAUUCGCUCUGCUUCUCGGGGGCGGCUGCUGAAAGGAGACGGAGGAACGGGAGCCCCGCCCAGCCCAUGGCUCGCUGUCACCGCCUCAUGCAAACAUCCCUGUCGUGCCUGCGAGAGCUGACCGGGCCUGCUUGGUGCGGAGCGGGGCGGAGGCCGCCAGCUCGAUCUGAAUGGGGGCCGGAGCAGACUGAGUGACCAGCACUGGUCUGUGUGGCAUGUGGGGCGGACUGCGUGGUCCUCUGGGUCUGUGUGGGAGACAGAGGAGCCUGUGAGACAGGGCCGAGUCCUCAUGGGGGCAGAGCAUCGAGUGACCAGAUCAGAGCCAUGGGGGGCGGGGCAGGCGGGCAGGCU